UCUGCUUUACUCGCACAUUCGUAGUGUUGAGUUUCUGCACAGUCUGUCUUCUCGCCGUCGCUGUGGCCGUCGUGUCGUUGCCGUCGUUAUUCUUUGUCGAUUGAUUUUUGGGCAAUAGAAAAUUGUAAGUGAAAAGUUUCCAACGCCAAUUCGUUGCACCAUCAUAUCGCACAAAUUCUCGGCAAGUUUUACAAAAUUCCGUGACAGUUAAAGUGAGUUUUCGCAGCCCCGCAGAAAACACGAAAGUAAAAACAAAUCAACAAGAUGUCCGAGUAUUGGCUUAUUUCAGCCCCUGGCGACAAAACAUGCCAGCAAACGUUCGACACCAUGAACAAUCUCUGUAGCAAACAAAAUAAUCUGUGCAACAACUACAAGUUUCAUAUACCCGACUUGAAGGUUGGUACACUCGAUCAAUUGGUCGGACUCUCCGAUGAUUUGGGUAAACUGGAUACUUAUGUGGAGCAAAUUACACGCAAAGUUGCCGCCUAUUUGGGUGAGGUGCUCGAGGAUCAACGCGAUAAGUUGCACGAAAAUUUGCUCGCCAACAACAGUCCCGGGCCGCCCGACGACAACACGCAUGCGCACUCGGAAUUGACGGGUAAAGCAUCAAAUUUAUCGAAUAGUCGUGACACGACCACUACCACUUGUUCCGCAUGCCACACCGGAAGCCUAAAUAAUUGCUCCUCUAGCGAGGCAUCUGCAGCGUCUGCGUCUGAGCGUGAAUUCGAUUUGUGUGCGUCGUCGCCUGUGUGCGCGUGUGAUGAAUGUGCUGCCAGUGCCAAUGUGAGUGCUAGCGUUAGCGCGAGCGCGAGCGGUGUUAGCGCCUGCGCUAGUGCGAGUGCCACAGCCACCACCCUUGAGGCUGAUGAAUGUUAUCCUUUUACUUCUUCCUCCCUGAAUGUGCCUACAUGCCAUGCGCCCGUCACCGCAUCCGCAUCCGCAAAUGCCUACGCCUGCACCUCCGCCGCCGAUUGCGCCUCCGCAAAUUCUGCUGUCACUAAUAAUGCCUCCUAUUGCUCCACAUCUGCGCCCACUACUUUGGCCGCCGAUGAGCGCCGAAUCGCUACUACUAGUAAAAUAAUUAACAGCUUUUCCAACAACAAUAACAACACUUGCAGCAUAAACAAUAACAAUCGUUUGGGUUUGACGAUCAGUUGUAGCGGCGCUAAUAUACUACAACUGCAUCAUCAGUCGCAGACACAGCAGCAGCAGCAACAGCAUCACCACCAACAACAUCACCACGAACCGCUUCACCUACAGCAUCCACUGUUGCAACAGCAUCAUCACUACCACCACCACCAUCAGCCGCAGCAACAGCAUCAGUUACACCACCACCACCACCACCAUCAUCAACAUCACCACCCGCACCAUCAGUCGCCGCUCUCUGAUGGUGGCGAAGGACAUGAACAGCAAAAUCUGAAAGGCAGCAACAGCACGUCGGACUUGAGUGAUACAUUCGAUUGGUGGUUCCAUAGGCAUAAAAGAAAUUCGAAGAAGAGCAGCAGUCGCUCAUCAACGUUGCAAUUAAAUAUAAACAAUGGAUUUAAUUUCACACCAACUCAUAGAUCGUCCCCCGUGAGUAGUUGUUGUGGCAGUAGUAGUCAAGGUCGUUCCAGUCCGGAUACAGAUUUGUGCGAACAACCAGCAUUCCCAUUAAGUCCAGCCGAUCUUUCCGUGUACAUUACCCGCUUUCAAUGGGAUAUGGCCAAGUACCCGAUUAAGCAGUCGUUACGCAAUAUUGCCGAUAUUAUUUCGAAGCAAAUUGGGCAAAUUGACGCCGAUUUGAAGACCAAGUCAACGGCCUACAACAGCCUGAAGGGUAACUUGCAAAAUUUGGAGAAGAAGCAAACCGGCAGUUUGCUGACCCGUAAUUUGGCCGAUUUGGUCAAGAAGGAGCACUUCAUUCUCGAUUCGGAGUAUUUGACCACAUUGCUGGUAAUUGUGCCAAAAAUUCUUGCUAACGAUUGGUUGACCAACUAUGAGAAGAUCACCGACAUGAUUGUGCCACGUUCCUCGCAAAUGAUCACACAAGACAAUGAUUAUUGCUUGUUCAAUGUGACACUAUUCAAGAAGGUGGUGGAAGAGUUCAAGCUGCAUGCGCGUGAACGUAAAUUCAUUGUACGUGAUUUUGUGUACAAUGAAGAAGAAUUGGCAGCUGGCAAAAAUGAGAUGACCAAGCUCAUAACCGACAAGAAGAAGCAAUUCGGCCCAUUGGUCAGAUGGUUGAAGGUGAACUUCAGCGAAGCUUUCUGUGCUUUGGUGCAUGUGAAGGCGCUGCGCGUAUUUGUAGAAUCCGUUUUGAGAUACGGUUUACCCGUCAAUUUCCAAGCCAUCCUCAUCGAACCCAACAAGAAGAGCGUGAAACGUCUACGCGAAUGCCUUAACCAGCUGUACGGACACUUGGAUGGCGCUUCGGCUGGUGGUCAAAGCAAUGCCGCCAGUAUGGAUGCCGUUGACAUCCCCGGUUUGGGCUUUGGCCAAUCAGAAUACUAUCCUUAUGUGUUUUAUAAACUGAACAUCGAUAUGGUGGAAACAGCAAAAAUCUAAAGUUGCUUUGAGUUGAACGCUCAAUAAUCCAAUUUAGCCUAAUCACAAAAGAAGAGAAAUACCUUUACAAAAUAUGUUUACAAAAUAAGAGAGAAGAGCUACAAACUAUAAUUAUCCCACAAAAGAAAUCAAGCAAAAACAAAGUUUAUAAAAAUCUUUAAAAUAGUAUAAAGUAAAUACUAAAUCAUAUGUAUGUAUGUUGUCAGUUCCAGUACUUUGUUUGGUGAAUGGACAGCAGGAGCGCAGUCCUAGGGUGCAAACGAAACAACAUUAGUUAGCUCGCUCGCAGCCAAGCGAACAGAUAAUAGAGAUAAACACACUGCUAUUCAUAUAUUUUUUUUGCCAUAAAAGAAGCGUCUUCUAAAAAUUUUGUAAUUAUUUCUCUGUGUUGUUAAAUUUUUAGUACUUUCAUUUAUAUAUUUGUUUUAUCAUUGAUUGUGAAAAUUAGUUCACACAUACAUAUUUCUUCUAUUGUGUAUUUGAAAGCAGCAUCGUUGUAAAGAUAAUUUGGCCAACAAGUUUUUAAGCAAACACUUGGCUGGAAUUGUGAAAGUUUAAUUAAUUGUAGAACUGUAGAUUUCUUUGUUUCGUUAUUCUACUUUUUGUGUGUGGUUUAUUAAGCCAAUUUGACAGUAUUUUCUAUAUCCUUUUUAUCUGUCAUUGUGUUGAUAGUUAAAACUCUUUCUUAAAUUUUUCAAAUAUCGACGGGGUGUUUUUGUUUUUUAUUAUAAAAUGUAGCAAUGUAGCAAUUUAGCGAAUGAAACGGCCAGAUAAUAGCGACUAAUAGCAUUGUUUUUCGAAUCAUGAAGCAGGAUGUAGCAAUUUUACAGCUAUUAUACACAUACAUACUAAAAAAUUCUUGCGUUGAUUUAUUUGUUAACCCCAAAAGUGUUCUAAGUUUUUACAUACUCACACAUACAAAUGUUUCACAGUUUCGGUGUAUGUAAAGGCGAAAGAAGCAAAUGUAAUGGAACGCAAAGCGAGUUGUGAGUUUAGUUAAACUAAAUUUCAUAAUAAAUGACAAAAACAAAAACACACAGAAAAUUGUAAUAAGGAAAGGACAUCAUUAGAACAUUAAAGUUAUUAAAUAAAUCAACGGAAUACUAAAUUCGCAGUACUCAAUGCUAUAUCCUAUUGCAACCAGCAUUGAAGUGAGUAAAAUUUAUAUUUACUGAAUGUAUGUUUAAUGUUAUUGAAAAAAGCUAUUUUUUUUCUAAUAAUAAUACACCAUAACUGGCGCUAUAUUGCUUGCGUUAAACUUGAAAUCGUGAAAAACAAAACAAAAUGUAUUUCAAAAAUCAAUUAAAUCGCUUAAAGAAGGGCGUAAGAGAAGUAGUUAGCGGUUGUUGCAUCUUUGUUUUAUCGCUACAAACAAAUUUGAGAAUUCAAUUUAAAGCGAAAAUUAAAUUAUUGUACACAGUUUAAUUUCAUCAACCGCCACAACUUCUCUUACACACACAACACAUACAUAAAAAACCUCUUUGUGUCCCCUCUACCCCACGACAUUGUUGAGAAAGAGAACGUACAAUAAUAUUUGUAAACUCUAAACUUAAAUUUAAAUAAUUAUACAUACUAUAUAUACUAUUGUUAUGAAGAAAAAGUGAAUAAUUCAAAUUUUAUUGCAUAUUAAAAGGUACACAUCGACUUACACAAGCCUACAGAAACACGCAUACACACCGACAUACCUUGAAACACAAACACACUACUUAUUUGAAACAAAAAAAUAACAAAACAAAAACAAAAAAAAAACAAGAAGAACAAACUCUAUGUAAUUGUACAUUUCGAGUAUUUAAGCAGUCAGUAUGAAAAGAUAAAUGAGUUUGAUGAAGCGUAAAAGAGUAAACAGCUAACGCCAUCCUUGUAAAUAAUUAUAUGAAAAAAAGACAUUCCAA